UUUUGGUGGACGCCAUAUUUCUUUUCCAUCAAAGACAAAACGCCGGUCUUUUAUUUCACGUUUUCCGCCCAGAAGUGUGUGUAUAGUUUCUACGCGGAAAAUUGGUAAAUGAUGGCAGCAAACAAUUAUUUUGGGUUCACCCAUGGAGGAACCCAGUACGGUGCGGCGACGGCCAGUGCGGCUUACGGCGGCCAGACAGGGUACGCCGUGGCGCCAGCUGCGACCGCCGCGACGUACGGGACCCAGCGCGCCGCAGCCACAGGCUACGACACUGCGUACCAAGCCGCGGCCGCCACGCAAGGUAAUCUCCACGCGGCCCACGCUCACGCCCACGCGGCUGCAGCUGCGGCGUCGGCUUACGACGCCAGCAAGAGCGCCUACUACCAGCAGGCGGCGGCGGCCUACCCCACGGCGGCGCCGCCGCAGCCCCAGCCCGCUUACGACACUACGGCCAAGCCGGCCUACUCCACACCCGCCACAUAUGCUCAGCAGUAUGGGCAGGGCGGCGCGCGCGGCAGCGGCGGCGCCAAGCCGGCCUACGGCAGCGUGUACACCGCCACCACGGCCGCCGCCUCCUACCCCAGCCAGCCCUACACCGCGCCCGCCGCGCAGCCUGCCAAGCAGACGGCUAACAGGGGCAACUCUGCUUAUGAUACAGCUCUCUACAACGCCGCGAGCAUGUAUGUGGCGCAGCAGAAAACUGGCGGCGGAGGCAGCGGAUGGAAGAACUACAACAAGAGCGGCGUAGGCGCCACCCCGCAGCGGCGACCGAAGCCGCAGCCGAAGGCGCAGCAGUUGCACUACUGCGACGUGUGUCGCAUCUCCUGCGCCGGCCCACAGACGUACAAGGAGCACCUGGAGGGGCAGAAGCACAAGAAGAAGGAGGCGGCCGUGAAGGUGGCGGCGGCGGGCGGCGCGGCGGGCGCGCGCGCGUGCGGCGCGUCGGCGCUGCGCUGCGAGCUGUGCGACGUCACGUGCACGGGCGCCGACGCCUACGCGGCGCACGUGCGCGGCAUCAAGCACCAGAAGGUGGUCAAGCUGCACACCAUGCUGGGCAAGCCCAUCCCCUCCACCGAGCCCACCAAGCUGACGCCGGCCAAAAAGACUGUGGCGGGCGCGCCCAAGGUGUCGUUCGUGGCGUCGGGCGGUCUCAGCACGGUGGGCGCGAGCUCUAGCGUGCCGCGGCCCGCAGACAAGGAGGACGAGAAGGUGGAGGAGGAGGACGAGCCCGAGGUGCAGCCGGUGGGGCAGGACUACAUCGAGGAGAUCCGCGGCGACGACGGCAAGGCGCUCAGCUUCAACUGCAAGCUGUGCGACUGCAAGUUCAACGACCCCAACGCCAAGGAGAUGCACAUGAAGGGCCGCCGCCACCGCCUGCAGUACAAGAAGAAGGUGCAACCGGACCUCGAGGUGAAGGUGAAGCCGUCGAUGCACCAGCGCAAGCUGGCUGAGGCGAAGGCGCAGCGCAUGCUGGUGCGCGACGAGCUGUGGGCGCGGCGCCGCAUGCACGAGGCCGGCGAGGAUGACGAGCGAGCGUACUGGGAGGGCGCCGAUUGGUGGCGCGGCCCCCACCACCACCACCAUCACCAGGGCAUGGGCAUGGGCUACGGGCCCGUGGGGCGGCGGCCGGAGACGUCGGACGACCGGCACGUGCUCGCCAAGCACGCGGAGAUCUACCCGCCGGAGCAGCAGCUGCAGGAGAUCCAGCGCGCCGUGUCGCACACGGAGAAGGCGCUCAAGUCGCUGUCCGACGCGCUGGCCGACCACGCGCGCCCCAAGAAUCAAGCUGGCAAGGCUGUGAUUAAAACUGAAGAUAAGAAAGAUGAUAAACCGGAGGGAAAAGAAGACGGUCGCGACAACCAGCUGUUCUCGUUCGUGGGCGAGGGCGAGGCGGCGCCCGCGAGCGGCGACGGCGCGGGCGCGGGCGGCGCGGGAGGUGCGCCCGUGGGCGGGCCCGGCGUGCGCGCGCUCAAGGGCGUGAUGCGCGUGGGGCUGCUGGCCAAGGGGCUGCUGCUGCGCGGCGACCGCGACGUGCGCCUCGUGGUGCUGUGCCACGACCGCCCCACCGUCACGCUGCUCAAGCGCGUCGCCAACGACCUGCCGCACCACCUCAACAAGGUCAAGGGACCCAACGAAGACGCGAAGUACAAAGUGGAGCUGCAGCCGGCGGAGGGCGCCGUGCAGGUGUCGGACGGGACCGUCAACGUGGUCGUGAGCCUCACGUCCGCCGUCAUGCGCGAGCCCGCAGAGGGCGGCGACAUAAAGCGAGACGACAAGGACGUGCUACCGCGGCAGAAGUGUUUGGACGCGUUGGCCGCCCUUCGGCACGCCAAGUGGUUCCAGGCUAGGGCGGCCAGCCUGCAGUCGUGCGUCAUCAUCAUCCGCAUCAUGCGCGACCUGUGCCGCCGCAUUCCCAACUGGACGCCGCUCAACCCAUAUGCGAUGGAGCUGCUGGUGUCGGGGGUGAUGCAGUCGGCGAGCGGCGCGCUGUCGCCGGGCGAGGCGCUGCGCCGCGUCAUGGAGGCGCUGGCGGGCGGGCUCAUCCUGGAGCACGGGCCUGGCCUGCGCGACCCUUGCGAGAAGGAGCUGGUGGACGCGCUGGGCAACAUGCCGGCGCAGAAACGUGAGGACUUGACCGCGUCCGCGCAGCAGUUCCUGCGACAGAUCGCCUUCAGACAAAUAAAUAAGGUGCUGGACAUGGAGCCGCUGCCGAAGGUGAAGCACGCGUCGGGCGGCUGGAAGUUCCCGCGCAAGCGCAGGCGCUCCAACACCGACGCCGACCAGGACACGCACAACGGUGACGGCAAGGUGGUCAAGACGGAAGAGAAGGCCGACGUGUCCGAGAUCAACUCGAACGCGAAGAAGUAGCGCCGCCAUACACGCCCUCUGCAACUUGAGAUAGGUCUGCGCACACCGGGGGACUCAUCGGCCGACCGAUAGCUAGUGAAGCAUUCAACUCUGUACACUCAUUUCGGGAUAGUAAACGUAUUCAAUUUUCAAAAAGAUUACUCUUUCUCAAACUGUAACAUUUCUUUCACUUUACUGUGUUUCCGAAGAGAAUGCUUGCUUGGUCACGGUUUAAUUUUUAUAUAUUUUUUAAUAUUAUUAUUUUGAGGAAAAUAUUUGUAGAGCUGUCCCUCGUCUGCGCAGACCUUUAAUAUUAUAUAAUAUUUUAUUAUUUUCCAAAAAAUAUUUUGUAAGAUAUACGAGAUUGCGUAUGAAGUCAUCAGCAAGUGAGUGACGCACCUCGACACGCAGCGCGCGCCACGCGUCCGAUAUAUUUUGUGUACCGCGUUUUGUCACGCAGUGUUGUAUAAAUAUUAUUUUUGUGGCAUUGAUUGAUCUGUCCAAAAAAACUACAUUAUACUAUUAUUGAGAAAAAAAAAUAAUUAUAGUCCAAAAGUUAGGAGGUAGUAUUUUAAAAAUUAGUGAGUAAUAGAUUACGCGUUGUAAUGUAAUUUAAUAGUCUCUAUUAGUUUAAGGGGAAGAUUUGACAGGGGAGCGAACCGUUCGCUCGCAUUAGCUGAAGAUUGGCUCGACAGACGGAUAUAGAUAAGUUUUGUAUGUUUAGGGUCGCAGUAUUUUUGACUUCAAAUAUUAGUUCCUCUACCGGCGACCGAAGCCGCGACGCUUCCGCUGUACAAUGUUACUGUUUUAUUUACACUGACUUUACUUUUAAGUGAAGCGGUACUGAUGUACCGCAGUAGAACAGGAUAUGUUCCUUGAAUACAUAUUUUAUUUCUACCUGCUAAACUUAGUUGGAUAUAUUUUGAGUUUCUCGUCGACUUGAUCAUGUGAAUUGAAAACAUGUCUUCAGACAGUUUGGAACAUAAAAUUAAUGUCUUAAAUUUAGUUCACGUUAAUUCAAAAUUAACAGUUGUGUGAUGUUAUAUUUAUUAGAUAUUUAGGAUCCCAAACUAAUAUAAGAUUCUUAAAGAUAGUUUAAAUAUAAAUGAUCUUUUUGUCGUUUUUCCAAAUGAGGAAAAUUAAUUUUUGUAUUUAUCAUAUAUAUGAAACGACUACUUUUGAAUAUUAUAAAUGUCAAUAAAGAAUAAAUACAAAAUUU